GGCUGGAAGGCGGAAAUGAAGAGGGGAGGGGAAUCAGACGGUAUCCAUGGCACUAGAGGCAGCAGGCAAACUAAACUGCGCAGGCGCCAGAUAAGGCCGAGGGUCCUUUCUAUGGUUACCACAGAACUACCUUUUUUCGCAAGGGGAGUUUUACGUCACUGCUCUGUCGCGCGCGGGAUUCUGGGAAAGGAGCGCGGCGCUCGGCCUGCGGAGUGGCGGCUGGGGAGCGCGAGAAGGCGGGACCAAACCUCGCGCAGGUAAGGAGGCUGCGGGCGCCGUCGAUGGACAGGUGGGGCGGCUGCCUGAGGGAGGGAGUCUCGGGGCCGGCCGGCGGCGACUCUGGCCCGGGGAAGGCUCCCCUUUGCCAGUGUGAGGGUCGGGGCCUUCGAGAGCCCCCUUGAAACCGGGGGGGGGGGGGGCGGACACACCAAACAAGAUCGUGCCAUUCUCACGUUCACUGUUCGGUUUGACUCGGAGGUAAUUUCCCAGGGAGGUUUCUGUCAGACUCCCGUCGUCUUACGCGUAGCUGUCGUAUCUUUAUAACGAACUUCACCUUGAAUUUAGUGAGGGGAACAUCGCCUCCAAGUCUGUCCAAGCGCUGUUGCUGAAGAACGAACUGUUACGUGUCUCUGAACACGUGUCUGUUCUAUUCCUGUAUACAGCAGGAGGGGUGGGGGUGGAGUGGUCUGACCUCUGCAGUUUGAAAAAGAAAAGAAACGUUUGGUCCAAGGGCACUAUUUACAGGGUAAUUUACUUGUUGGGCACUGUUUUGCCAGAGGAGCUUAUCCAAAAAGAAAACCAUGCAUGCAUUAAAGCCAGGGGGUGUAUACAUUAAAACUUCCUGCCCACUCCAAAAGGCCAUAUAGGUCGUUAAAAGCUAAAGUUGCCUGCUUUAAAAACUGUGUUUUUGUUUUGUUUUUUUAAUAAUUUUUAUUAAGGUUUUAAACAAAGAAAAAAGAAAAACAACACACACAAAAAACAAUACAAAACUCAACAAUAAAAACACAAAACAUAACAAUUAAAAACAAACUCUCUUUUCCAUUUCCAAUUUUAAAUUACUUAUUUUCUGGACUUCCUCAUACCUCCCUCUUUUGUAUUCCAAUCCACAUUAUUUAUCCAGCAGUUUCUUUUCCACUUUUUUAAUCCCAAUCUUUAAUUUAAUAAAAUGUUAAAAUAUAUAACUUCAACUUUUUUAAACCUAAUCCUUACUCUUAAUGUCAUAUAGCUUUAAAUUUUUCCCUUUUAUUAUCAAAUUUCCAUUUCUUUAAACAUCUUUAAUCUUAAUCUUUAAUCUUAAUCUAUCCUUAUCUUUAACCUGUACAGCUGGAAACCACUUAUUUUCAAUCCAACAUCACUCUAACAUUCCUUAAUUUUGCAGUGUUUCUGAAGAUAGUCUUUGAAUUUCUUCCAGUCUUCCUCCAUCGACUCUUCUCCCUGGUCACGGAUUCUGCCAGUCAUUUCCGCCAAUUCCAUAUAGUCCAUAAGUUUCAUCUGCCAUUCCUCCAGCGUGGGAAGUUCUUGUGUCUUCCAAUACUUUGCGAUGAGUAUUCUUGCUGCUGUUGUUGCAUACAUAAAGAAAGUUCUAUCCUUUUUUAACACCAUUUGGCCCACUAUGCCCAGGAGAAAGGCCUCUGGUUUCUUGGGGAAGGUAUACUUAAAUACCUUUUUAAUUCAUUAUAUAUCAUUUCCCAGAAAGCCUUAAUCUUUGGGCACGUCCACCAAAGGUGAAAAAAUGUACCUUCAGUUUCUUUACAUUUCCAACAUUUGUUAUCGGGCAAGUGAUAGAUUUUCGCAAGCUUGACUGGGGUUAUGUACCACCUGUAUAUCAUUUUCAUAAUAUUCUCUCUUAAGGCAUUACAUGCCGUAAAUUUCAUACCUGUGGUCCAUAACUGUUCCCAGUCAGCAAACAUAAUGUUAUGUCCAACGUCCUGUGCCCAUUUAAUCAUAGCCGAUUUUACCGUUUCAUCCUGAGUAUUCCAUUUCAGCAGCAAGUUAUACAUUCUUGACAAAUUCUUAGUUUUGGGUUCUAACAAUUCUGUUUCUAAUUUGGAUCUUUCCACCUGGAAGCCAAUUUUCCUGUCCAAUUUAAAUGCCUCCAUUAUCUGAUAAUAAUGAAGCCAGUCUCGCACUUUGUUUUUUAGUUUUUCAAAACUCUGCAAUUUCAGUCUAUCUCCGUCUUGUUCCAAAAUUUCCCAAUAUUUCGGCCAUUUGACCUCCAUAUUGACCUUUUCAAGGCUUUCGCUUCCAUUGGUGACAGCCACCUUGGGGUUUUGUUUUCUAACAAAUCCUUAUAUCUUAACCAAACAUUAAAUAGCGCUUUCCUGACAAUGUGGUUUUUAAAUGCUUUAUGUGCUUUGACCUUAUCAUACCAUAAAUAUGCAUGCCAUCCAAAUACAUUAUUGAAACCUUCCAAGUCCAAAAUGUCAGUGUUUUCAAGAAGUAGCCAUUCUUUCAACCAGCAAAAGGCUGCUGAUUCAUAAUAAAGUUUGAGGUCUGGCAGGGCAAAUCCACCUCUUUCCUUUGCAUCUGUUAGUAUUUUAAAUUUUAUUCUAGGCUUCUUGCCCUGCCAGACAAAUUUAGAGAUAUCUUUCUGCCACCUCUUGAAACAAUCCAUUUUGUCCACGAUCUGCAAAGUUUGAAACAAGAACAACAUUCUAGGCAAUACAUUCAUCUUUAUCGCAGCAAUACGGCCUAGCAGUGAAAGCUUCAAAUUUGACCAAAUUUCUAAAUCUUUUUUCACUUCUGACCAACAUUUUUCAUAAUUAUCUUUAAAUAAAUUCCCAUUUUUGCUGUCAUGUUAAUCCCCAGGUAUUUAACUUUCUUAACCACUGUUAAACCUGCCUCAUUCUGAAACCUCUCUUUUUCAAACGGUGUUAGAUUUUUUCUCUAAAACCUUGGUUUUUGACUUGUUCAAUUUAAAUCCUGCCACUUGACCAAAUUCUUGAAUCAGUUCUAAAACCCUUUUUGUACUAGAUUCUGGCUCCUGUAACGUCAAUACUAAGUCAUCUGCAAAACACAAAAACUGUGUUUUUGGCUGGCACCUGAAGAUACAUAGCAACGGCACCAGGUGAGCCUCUGCAGAGAAAGCAAUCCCUUGCCACCGUGCAAUGAUUCAUUUUGUUAUUUAUUUAUUUAUUGAAACAUUUCUGCCCCAUCCUUCAUUGAAAUGAUAAAAGGUAAAGGGAUCCCUGACCAUUAGGUCCAGUCGUGACCGACUCUGGGGUUGUGGUGCUCAUCUCGCUCUAUAGGCCAAGGGAGCCGGCGUUUGUCCGCAGACAGUUUUUCCAGGUCAUGUGGCCAGCAUGACUAAGCCACUUCUGGCACAACAGAACACCAAAACCAGAGCAGCGCACGGAAACGCCGUUUACCUUCCCGCCAGAGCGGUACCUAUUUAUCUACUUGCACUUUGACGUGCUUUCGAACUGCUAGGUUGGCAGGAGCAGGGACCGAACAACGGGAGCUCACCCCAUCGCUGGGAUUCGAACCGCCGACCUUCUGAUCAGCAAGUCCUAGGCUCUGUGGUUUAACCCGCAGCGCCACCCACGUCCCUCAUUGAAAUGAUACAUCACUAUAAACUCUGGCCAAAACAACUAUGAGCAAAGAAAGUAAAUAAAUGGAACCUGUGGGUAUAGGGUAUACUAUAGGGCAGUAUAUAAAUGAUGAUGGUGAUUGUAAUAAUAAUAAUAAUAAUAAUAAUAAUAAUAAUAAUAAUAGGGACAAUAAAGUCGCAGCAAUAAUUAUGGAUCAAAAUCUGGCCAGGUGGUUGACUUCCCCCACCCUUGGUUGGUUUUUAAUUGGCACUGAAAAUUCAUUGGUGUUGGUAUUUUAAGGGGCUUCUGGCAGUUUUCACCAUUUGUAGCUUAAGAAAGAAGAAAAGUAUGUGGCGUACUCAACAAAUGCAAGUGCAAUGCAAUAGAGGGGUGGGUUUAGUACAUCUCUGCUACAUGAUGGUUUUAUUGUGAAAAUAAGACACACACACCCAACUUUGCAUGUUAGUGGACUGGGUAUAUGUUUAAUGGUCUAAUUUCUGGUGGCUCCGUAUAAUUCAGUCUAGUUUCAUUAUUUUUUUAGUAAGGGGCUUUUAGAAUGAUAGUAGCCUGCUUUUCCCCACUAAAUUUAUCGUAUCAUCAGAUGACGUUGCUUAUUUCAGUACUCAAGGACACCAAUACUUUUCUCUUUUUUUCCUUCCUUAAUCUAGUAUCUGCAAAUGUUUGUUAGUAGCCUGACAUUUCCCAAAACCUUUUAAUUACCAGAUGACUUCACCAAAUAAAGCAAUAGAGUUACAGAUGCAAAUAAGACAAAAUGCAGAAGAGUUGCAAGAUUUUGUGAAAGAAUUAGAAAAUUGGGAAAAGGAUAUUAAAGAAAAGGAUUGCAAUUUACGGCAACAGAGUGGAGUUCCAGUCAAGGUAAAUUCAGUUAUCUGAUACUAGGAUUGACAGGGAUGCUUACAAGUAGAAAUAUGUCCUUUUUAAAUUUCAAGUGAAACUACAAAUAAAUCACCUGUAUUACUGAUGUAGUUUUUGCCAUUUUGUGCUUAGCAUGUUUGUUUGGCGGGAAGUCAUAUACUUAGAUUUCCUCUUUUACAAAGCAAAAGGGGACUCUUUGUAAACUCUGAAACAUUUAGGUCAUAACUUUCAACAAACAAUGAUGCAUAGUGCCAUUCUUUUCAAGAUAGAAUCAUAUGUAAUAUUGCAAUUGUUUCCCCAGUUUAAGCAGCUCCCUUGCCAUUCACAGCUACUUUCUCUGAGAGAAGAGAUCCCUUUGGGAGCAGGGGAAGAAUGGAACUACAAACAGCAUAGAGAUUGUUUAAGUGGGUCGCAUACCUGGAUGAGUCUUCCUUUAGUGCAUUUGGGAAUGCAUCCUCAUCAAUGGCCAAUAAAUCUGCUUGUGUACUAUGGGAACUAGAAAAGGGCAAAUCAAUUUAUUUAUUAAGUUUUCUGAUACUGAAUAGCAACUUUUUCUGAUAUUUAGGAUUUACCACCAAUUCGAAAUGAAGCUUAUAAGAAAAGGAAGAAAAACAAAGUUAAAGCCAUCUCUAAGAAAACUACUGAAGAAAAUAAAAAGAAUAAGAUAAAAUCUUACGAUUAUGAGGCAUGGGGGAAGCUUGAUGUGGUAAGCUGAAUCUAGUUAUUAAAAUGCUAGGAAAAAUACAGAGUUUUGUUUUGUGGGAUUUAAGUAUGUAACAUUAAAGCAUGCUAUGAAAUUUUAAAAAUACAAUUACAAAUUCAAACAUCAUUUUUUAAAAUUUACACCUUUAUCUUACUUAGGAAGAGCCCAGGGCAAUGUACAGCAACCAUGUGAACAAAAUAAUGAUAAAAGAACCAUAAAACAUAUAUACAAUUUUUAAAAAAACUUGUAGCAAAUUAUUUAAAACGGAAAUACAUGUGUUGCUCAAUAGAACACCUCUUAUUUGUAAAACUGGAAAGGCCAAGGUAACUGUUUUCAUUUGGUAUCUGAAGGCCAACAAUGGGAAACAUUGGAAAAAUAAUUCCAGAUUCAGGGACCUACCAUAGCGAAUGCCCUUCUGCACAUCUCUUCAUCCUAAAUAUUGUUGGGGACCUCAAGCAAUCCAUCACUACUUUGAAUCACGUCUGGUAUUAUACAAGUGGCCAGUGCAGAGCUUUUAGGAUAGGUGAUCCCAUCUUACUGCCUCAGUCAAUAAUCUGGCAGUAAUAUCCAUCACUAGCUGUAGCUUCUGGACCCUUUUCAAGGGUAGCCCCAUAACGAGUGCAUUGCAGUAAUACAAAUGGGAGGUCACUAGAGCAUGGGUUACCGUGACUAGCCAGCACUGAAACAAAACUCAAAUACCUCCGAAGGUUCAACUAAAGAAUAUUACACUUUAUUGGUGAAACAUAUUGUCUGUAUGUUUUAUUAGACUGUAGUCUAAUUCAUGAGAUAAUUAAGAUGGACAUAGAUUAAUUAACAUUUCUGAUCUGUGCUUAUCCAAUUAAAACGAAUAGAUGUUGCACAGGAGCACCGUUGUCCAGAUUACAUUCUUGUACCCUAGCCUAAGAUUUUAGCUAAAGUAAAUUUCACCAAAGGCAGAUUUAGUCACAAGAAAAUGUAUUUCUGGGUUGUCUUGGGGCAUUCUAUAUACUGUAGAAAAAUGUUGUAGUUCUAGUUCUAGUUGUAACAUGUGACGCUACAGACUUCAGGAAGGGUGGGUGUGCCGGGCAGGGGGUCUGUUUUCAUGUAAAGCAUUUAUUUCACAUUUAGUGAGCACAUUCUGGAGAGGCUAAACUAAGUUUUUAAUAUGGGGAAGUAAUCCAAAAUAUGACAUCACUCCUUUUCCCGCACUCUGAAGUGGUACAGACCCAAAUUCUACCACCUCAUUCAGUGUAUGUAUAAACAGGCUGUCAAUUAUACAACAGUCAGUAGAACUAAAUUAGCUUAAGUAUUCAGGCUUAAUUUGAAGGAAUGGGUUUCUGUGCAGGGACCCAAAAUCCACUUUUUCCCUUUUCCAAGGGAGCAUUUCUAAAAUGCUGUAACUUGAGCUCUUGAGCCAAAAACCAGCUGUAUAAACAAGUGCUCAAAGCUCUCUUUCCCUUAUCAGUCCAUGAAGGCCGGUAAUGACAGAUGACCUUGUCCACUCCAAAGUGGAAUUUCAAAAAAAUACUUCCCAGAAAUUCAUUUCUAACAUUCCUUCUGAAAUGGCUUUCGGCAGAAAAGUUUUACUUUCAGAAGCAGUUACUCCAUUAUGUGAUAUUACUUUAGCUCUGAUAACGGAAAUCUUUAUUUAAAAAGUGAAAAGACAGUUUGCUUUAGCUGGUUGGAUAGGAGUUGGGUGAAAUACGUGGAUGAAUGUUAGUGAUAUAACUAAUAUUUAAUAAGACAUUCACUGUUUUUUACUACUUUGUUUAUUCACCCUUUAAUUUUUUUAAUUUGUAAUUUUCUUCAAAUGUGUGUCAUUUCAGGAUAAGAUACUUGAAGAACUUGAUAAGGAAGAUAGCACCCAUGAUUCAGUGUCUCUAGAAUCAGAUUCUGAAGAAGAUGGAAUACGCAUAGACACAGAAAAGGCUCUUGCUGAGAAAGAGAAGGUUAUUUUGGUCUUCCAGAAUGAGGGACACUUUUGUUUUCUCCUAAAACCCUUUAGGAUGCACCUUCAGAUUAAACCUUGAAACCAAGAGAUUAACGCCAGACAUUUUUGGAUAUUUUACCAUGACUCAUUCCUUAUCUAAUUAUUUUAAGACGUGUUAUGGGCAGCAUGGUGAUUUGAUCUUCUUUUGUUUGUUAUAUUGAUGAUCUUCUUGAAAUAGGCAGUUCGGAAUUGUGGUAUUUACUUACUCUAAAUCAUGUUCUAUUUUCUGUAAAAACAACAAGAAGAAGGAAACCCAACCUAGUAAAAGCUAUAGAUGUUUUGGAAAAUUGGUGACAGUCACACUCUUCCGUCCUGCUCAACUCUUAUCUCCCGGUGCAGGUUGUGUGAUUGACAGUGAGGUCUGAAAACUGCUAGAAUUUGUGGUUACGGAAGUCAUUUAUAAACAGAAGUGUGAAUUGGGGCUAGAGAGAUUAUGAAUAUGUGCCAUCUUCCCAAAAUUUUAUUAUAUUAUUUAUUUGCAUUUAUAUUCCUUUCCUCAUUUUAUCUUCAAAAUAAGCCAUGGUGUAGGUUAGGAUGCAAGUGAGUCUUGCUGAGGUCUUUUUCAAGGGUUCCAUCUGAAUAGGGUUGAAUAUGGGCCACAAAAUCCUGAAAGCUGGCAAGCACAAUUCCCAAGAUGCAAGAAAAGUAACAUUUUGGGGAGGGGAAUCAGUUUGAAGUAUAUUCACAUCACUGAUCACUAUAUUUUGUUUAACAGGGUAAUAAUUAUUUUAAGCAAGGAAAUUAUGAUGCUGCAAUUGAAUGUUACACAAAAGGAAUGAAUGCAGAUCCUUACAAUCCUGUUUUGCCCACAAACAGAUCAUCUGCUUUUUUUCGACUGAAAAAGUAAGGCUUGUUUUGGAUACUUUGGUAUUUCAGGAUUUCCUUAAGCAUUCAGCUCCCCCUCUCUUCUUUUUCAGUAGCCUUGUUUUGGUUUUAAACCUGUCAAUGCUCAACCAUUUCAGUUUGUCAUUUGAUAGAUUAAUUAACAAAGAAAAUGGGAAAUUAGUGCCUUAUCAGAAGCUGGUAUUGAUGCUCAGCAUCCUGAAAGUGCAGAGGCAAACAUUUCUGAAGUGGUCCCAUUUUAUGAGCAUUGACUCCUUGAAGGGGGUGGUAGGAAACAUCGGAGUCGCAUGCUGUGGCUGCCCUGUCAGACAGUGGGGGACAGAAUAUACUGAAGGGUAUAAUAUAAUGUUCAUACCCACAUUUCUGUGAAUUGCAUGGGUUUCUGUUUGCAUGCUUUUAAGGAACAUGCAUUUGGGAUGACAAACCUACAAUAUUGUUGCAGGUAUUCUGUGGCUGAAUCUGAUUGUAACUUAGCACUUGCCCUAAACAAAAAUUAUACAAAGGCUUAUGCUAGAAGAGGAGCCGCUCGCUUUGCUUUGCAAAAUUUUGACGGUGCUAAAGAAGGUAUGUUGGAUUUUCUGUUUCUGUAUGUUUAAUACUCAUUCGUUUUGGCUGUCAAAGACAUUGCUCAGCCACAGCUCUUUUCAUCCCAGGCCAUUAACCAUGCUUGCUGGGGCUCAUGGGAGUUGUAGUUCAGCAACAUAUGCAGGGCCAAAGGUUCCCCACAUGCCUGUUCUAGAUAAAUAACUUUCUGAUUUAUGGAUUGACUUAGUGGUUUGGCCAUAUACCAAUUUCAGCAUUAAAUCUUCAAUUUGCCCUGUCUCUGAAGCAUGCAUGGAAGAGUUCAGCCAAUUAAUUAAUGUAUACAGCAUCCUGAGAAACUUCUCAAUUGAACAAGAUUCUGGGAAACACCCAUAUAUUAUUAAUUUUAAGUAAAAUAUGCUGUAUCUCAAAUGUCACUGGACAUUAUUGGUUGUACAAUCUUAGAAGAGACUUAUAUUUGUUCUCCUUCUUUAGUAAGUGUCUGUAAAAAAAAUUACAUUGGAGAAAUGACUUUUUUUAAAAAAGGUCAUUUUGCAGAUUUUCAUUGAACUUUACUCCACCUGCAGUUAAUUUUGGUUAAAUAUUUUCUUAUUUACAUGUCCCUAAUUCUGGAAAAGUAACAAUAUUGUCUUAGAUUUAUGUUUGCUGAAGUUGAAAAUCGCCCAGGGUGAAACGUAAUUACAAACUGUUGGAGAAUAACAGUGUUAUGAAAUGUGAUGAGAUCUGUUUUCUGUCUUCCCUCAAAAUGAAGUCUAGAGACUGUGAUACCUAUUGAUGAAAUAUAAAUGUGUUUGGUGUUAUCUUCUAGUUUAUGUAGUUGGGUAAUAAUGCUAUUAAACUUUUGGGAGGUUACUUUGAGAACUAUUUACUUACUUGUUUUGGUUUUUAAGUAAGGUAUGUCAGUGCAUUUCCUAUACAAGAAGCACUGCUGAUACGAUUAGCAAGCCCUAGCUUACAUUUUCCCUAAAGGUUCAUGCUUUUCACCCUAUUAAUGUAUAUUUUCAUGUCCUGCUGUCAGAUUACGAAAAGGUUUUGGAGUUGGAUGCAGACAACUUUGAAGCAAAAACUGAACUUAGGAAAAUCGAACAGGUAAAUAAUUUAAAUUUGCCCAAUGAACAUGAUUUUAUUUUUUGCUAUGUAGUAUAAAUGUUUUGCAUGUCUUACGUCUUAUAUUAGGCUCUCCUGUCGAAAGAAGGCUUCCAAACUGAAGAAUCAGAUGUCUUUACCAACACUGAAAUAACAGAACAGAAACAAACUGAGGAGGAGCAGCUAAAGCAAAAGGCUAUGGCAGAAAAAGAUUUGGUAAAUAGAACAUAUAAUGUUUAAGAUAGUUGUGGGAGUUGUGGUGGAAUUUUAUAGUGGUUCAGAAUUCAUUCCAUUGUGGAAGUCUUUUUCACAAUUCUGCACCAUGUAGAACUGGAACCCAUGUCUGUGACAAAUGGAAUAAGUGUCUAGUGUUUAGUUAGUUGUGUGGUUUCUUUAAAGCGACCAAGUGUUAAAACACUAGAUUUACAUUAUUCUGAUGUAGUCCCAGCCCUGGCCCAGCUGCUAUAUGAUUGUAUUGUGUUGCCAUAUGCCAGACAUUCUGAAAUGCUGCGUUGCUGUCUGAAAAAGCACACCCUGUCACUACUUCUAUUCCCUUCUUUCACAUGCAGGAGUGUGUGAGAUAUUGAAUAAAGUCUUAAUUUUUGAAGUGCUGCUCACUUGUAUGAAGAUGCAAUUGUUGAUGUAUGCACUGUUUCUCUUCCCCAAAUAUCACAGGGAAAUGGCUAUUUCAAAGAAGGGAAAUAUGAAAUAGCAAUAGAAUGCUACACACGUGGAAUAGCAGCAGAUGGCACCAAUGCGCUUCUUCCAGCCAACAGAGCUAUGGCCUACCUGAAAAUUCAAAAGUGUGUGCUCUUGAACUUGCAAUUCCGCAUGAUCUGCGUAUUUUCUUAGCAUUUAAAUCAAUUCUGUCUUUUGAAAUCUUUUUUGAAAUACAUAUUCAUAAGCAAAGCUUUUUACUAAUUGCACUCUCAUCAGUAUCUAUUAUAAAACAAUCUUAAUUAAUUUUCAUAUAACACACCAAUAAACAGUACAACACAACAUUUUGUUCCCACAAGAACAUUUUGUUCCCAUAGUGGAGAUUAUGUCAUAGCUUGGGUUGAUCUAAUGCUGUUUUGCACUUCACCGAACUGAUCUGAAAAUGUAUUUUUGUGUGAAAUUAAAACUUGUGUACAUAAGCAAGUAGCUAAUGUAAGCACUACUUUCAUAUAUUACAAGAAUGACUUAAUGGAGGAAUUCAGAGCUACGAUCUCCUCACCCAUUCUCAUUGCAUUUUAUUCAUCAAGUUUUAAUAUUCAACCAGUGAAGUAGAAUAAAGUAUUCCUUUAGAGCAGAGCUUUCCAAACUGUGUCACUACACAUUAGUGUGUCAUCUGCAGUGUGUAGGUGUGUCACGUGAACGCUCCCCUCACUCCUCCCAGGGCUGGAAAGAGGUUAGUUUAACCUCCGGUUUGCUAGUAAAAUUGAAUUACUCUGUCGUGAAAUGAUGCAUGUCUAAAAAGUGUAUCAUCAACAUGAAAAGUUUGGAAAGCUCUGCUCAGGUUCAGAUUGGUACUGUAGCUGUUACAUUGUCAAGACCAGAGAGCAACUCUGCUAUAAGCUGAUACUCUUUGUAACAUAUUCAACUAAAUGUUUUUGAAUUUUCCAAAUAACGGUCACAUAAAGUUUAAAUUUAGGCAACAUAGUGGUUUUUAAUCCAAGCACUUCUUUAAUGUAAUCACAUUGAGAAAGGUCUGUUCAGCUCUAGAGAUAGAAUACACAGCUUCUAGUAGCAUAUAAUUCUCAUAUUUGCUCAUAUGUGACAUAGAUAUGCAAACUUUGGUCAGAAUUUGUUGGAAUGACUGUAGACUGUAAGAAACAAUAUCUGAUGGGAUCUGCACUACUAAGUAAUCCUUUUAAAUGUUUUCUCUUGAUGAUGAGAUAUGAAGAGGCAGAGGAAGAUUGUACUCAAGCUGUAUUACUAGAUUCCAACUACUCAAAAGCUUAUGCCAGAAGAGGGACUGCGAGAGCUGCACUGGGAAAACUAAAAGAAGCUAUGCAAGGUGGGAUUUUUAAUGGAUGUGUGCUUGAUGUUAUCUUUUAAUGAAGUUUUUGCUCAAUCAUAAUUUCUCAGUGCAACAGCCCCAGUCCACCAACAGCAAUCCGGUAUGAUAGCAGCAAAGCUUGGGCAGAAAGUAACUGGGUUUUUUAAACACCUAGAUUUUCUGAGCUGCCAUGUUUGCCUGAUAUAGUUGGGCCACUGUAAGGGGGAACAUGUAUGUGCUCCUACCCACUUAACCUUUGCCCAGGGAAUAGCACUGAAAUUUAAUUUUAUUUCCAUAAGGAGACUCUCACAUUGAAGGCGAUGUGGCAGAAUCAGGAACCUGUCUAAAUUGCUAAUUGAGAAUCUAAUCAAUUUGGGCCUUGCAUCCUGUUUCAUUGGAGUCAAGGCUGGUACUGCUGAUUCAAAAGAAGUAAAGCUAUUUUGCACUGAAAGAGAGCAUGAAAAUUGCUUAGUUCCCAUUUCCUUGCUAUUGCAAAAUUUCAUUCACAGUAGCUUACAUUUUAAUAAAUAAUGACCAUUAGUUACUGUUAUUGCAUUUCAGUAGUUCAUUAAUAAUUAGAUACUUGAGCAUGCCAUAGUCAUGGAAAUCACAUUUAUUAUAGUGGGGAAAGUCUUCUUUGGGAGACCAGUUGGAUUCAGUGGGACUUCCAAAUGGUUAACGUUUGAUAAUGGAUCAUGUCUUAACAAUUGCAGAUAAAUACGUGUAAAUUAAGUGUUAAAACUAAUUAUCGUUACAUUACAUUAAAUUGGUGUUUCUUGAUGUAAAUUCAUCAGAUUUUGAAACUGUUUUGAACCUGGAACCUGGAAAUAAGCAAGCAGUAAAUGAACUAAUGAAACUUAAGAAUGUAAGUGUGUUGUACUUCAGUAUCUCCCUAGUUACUUCCUUAAAUUACUUUGAGUAUUUUUCUGAGUUAUAAAUCAUUCCGAUUUUCAUGGAUGGUUAUUUACUAAUCUUUUAAAGGAAUCAAUUGCAAAAGGACUGUGGACGGGCAUGGAAUGUCCUGGACUAUCACAAAAGGAAACAGAAGCACAAAAUCUAGUGAAACCCAUUGAUAAACCCUUGCAUCUUAGAUCAAAAGUAAGUACAAAUGAUGAAGGUAUCAGGUGUUUUUAUCCCAAGGAUAAGGUUAGUGAGAGCAGGGCAAACUUGUGUGGGCUUGAAGUGUUGUAAAGAAGAGGAUCAGUUUGUUCAGGAAGGGAAGUUACAGGCAGGAUGUUUGCUGGUAUGAAAUAAAGAGAAAUUUCCACAAAGGGCAGAGGUGUGGGAGGCGAAAAGUGCAUCCUAAGUAGUUUACAUGGAUCUGAACGGCGAGCCAUAUCUCUGUCUAGUAUCAUAAGAGAGGAAGAUACAAAGAGGAUUUAAAAAAAAAAAGUUUAGAAGGUGUGGUCUUAUAAAUACUGCCAUACACAUUUGGGGUGAGAUCAAUUGAUAGGAGGCAGAUUCCAUUGCUGUAUGUGUGUACUAAAAGGGUGAGUGUGUCUUCCUGUGAUUGCCUACAAAAGUUUUAUGCCACAAACAACCUCUUAGUAUCGGGAUUUUCAUAUUUGCUAUGACAGGCACAGGUAAGCUUUGAGAAUGCACCCAGUUGUUCACAGGUAUGUUAAAACCGCUGUAACUAACUCCCUGCAUGGUUCUGUUCUGUUUAGAAACCCUUGAGAAGAGUAAUCAUUGAAGAAGUGGAUGGUGAGAUUCUGACCGCAAAUUUGCUGGCUACCUCCAAUCCGCAACCUAAUCAGUCUGUUUCUGCAAGUGUAGAAGCAACAAAUACCUCAACAUCUGCACAGAAUCCAAGCAAAGAUGAUUUUUCUUCUUCAGCUGAUACUCCCAAAGCAAAGCUGUUGAAAAUAGAAGAAAUCGGAGAUUCUGUAACCAUAGAGUAAGUACUGAUUUUAGUAUUAAAUAAGAACUAGUGGUUUGUUUUGCUCCAAACAAACAUGUUCACAAUAAACUAUUAACUAUUAGCUUACUAUGAGUUGUGAAUUGACCCAUAUGGUAAUGGGGGUAGGAGGCCUUAUGAACGGAAUAAACAAAUGGGAACUUUGGUAAUGAUUUUAAUCAGAUCUUUUAGUUCCAUAUAGGUUAGGAUAAUUUUAGCUCAAGACAGUUGAUGCUAAAAAUCAUGGUGGCUUAACAGCAUGUAUGUCCUUUUGAAUAAAUCUUAAAAGUAAAACUACAAGGCUAUUUUUUCAGGUCUAAUACAUGUUAUGUAAGUACAGAAAUGGAAGAGUUUAUAACUUUCCCCUCAUAUAUUUUAGGAAACACUAUACUGUAUUUAGUGGCAUCCAAACUUUUUUUCAAAGAGGGGCAGAUUUGAUGAGGUGGGGGCCGACCAAAGUUGUUGACCUUUUUUUAGGAUUGCAGUUGUUGAGCUUCUAUUAAGAUUUAAGUUGUUGCAGUUUUUUUAGGAUUUUAGGGAGUAAACUGCGUGGGCCGGAUUAGGCCCCCAAAAUGGACUUUGAACAUGUCUGCUGUAUGUGGUAUACAGUAAACAUUUUAUUCUUGUAGCAAAGUUCCAACCCUUGAAUAUAAACCAAAUGGAAUGACAUAUAAAUUACAGGGGAGCAAAUGGCUACACUGUAAUCAGUGUUGAGAGGGCUUGGACAUUUGACAUUUUUUUCUUUCACGUUAUGAAAUUAUAGGGAAAGGCUUUACUUUUCUAGUUGUGAAAAUUCCCUUUUGACGUUUAUAAUUUUCAGAGCACUAUGGGCUUAAAGAAUUGUUGUUUCUUACCACUUUUUUCCUCACCAAAUUAAAUGUACUGUUAAAUAUUUGGUGCAUUAGCAAUUAGUAUUAAGUAAAUCUCUUGUUCUGAACUUUUAUAUUCAUAACCAACUUUGUUGCACAAUAGUUGAGGCAUUUUUACCCUUUAAACAUUGCAAGUAAAUCUAAAAUGUAUGUCAGAUCAAGUGUAAGUAGUACUGUUGAUGCAUAUAGUCUUAAUCAUGUGUUCCAAUAUUGUUGCUAUUGUUUGCAAGAUUAGGCUUUGAAAAUGUACGUUGCACAAGAUUGUGCAAUUUUCUACACAAUCUACUUAGUGGGGAUUAGUGUUGGAACAGAAUUCAUUUUGACCACAUCCAAUGAAGUGUCACCCAUAAUGCACAUAUAUCGAUUAUAUGCAAGCUUUUUGCAUGAUUGAGCUAGACUGAAUCUUACAUUAUGUCUUAUCCUGACCCUGUCCUUUAGUAGAACAGAUUCUGAUCUGUUAAGGGGAGUCUCUACCACCAUUCUGGAUUUUUUUGUUUUCUUUUAACUACUUCAACAGAGUCCUGUACUCUAAAUCAGGGAGUCAUAAAUGGGUUGGGACCAAGUAUCAGAAUUAGUGCCUUCUCCAUAGCUUGGACUCUCAGAUCAACAGCUGAGAGAGGCCCUUCCUACUCUUCCCUCUUUGUCAAAGUUGAAAAAAAUGACAACCAGAGAGAGGGCCUUCUCAGUUUUGACACACCGUUUUUGACAUACCUUCUGUAAGGAGGCUCACUUGGUGCUGAUGUUAUCUUUUAGGUGUCAGGUGCAAGAAAAUCUUUCUGUUCACUGGCAUUUAAGUUUUAGGAAUUUUAAAUGUUUUGCUGAUAGUUCUGUUUUGUCUGCCAAUUGUUGUUAACAUGUGUCUUAUUGAUGGGACCCUUUAAUUGUGUGAAUCACUCUGGAACCAAUUUUGAAGAUUGGUUUGAAUAAACAUAACCGUGUUUUGUAAAACCUGUCUCCAAGUAGAGGCUAAGUAAUCAUCCACUUCAUGUCUGCCUUAAAUGUUUUAGACCUGUCAGCAAAAGCACUGUGAAAGAGAAACCAUCAUCUACAUCUCAGUCUUGUGCUAUGAAAAAACAAACUAAGACAGAAAAACAAACACUUCUCCCCACAUUUACAUUCCCUGUGCCUCCAGUUCCUGUGAAUUCUUUUCAGCUGGAAUCAGAUUUCAGAAAAUUAAAAGGUUACCCAGAUCAAUUAUACGCGUACUUGAAGGUAAGCUUCUUCAUGGCUAAGUAUGGCUUCUACCAAGCUGUGUAACUUUACAGUGCAGGCUUUCUUAACACCUUCCUUUAGGGUAAAGCAAUUUCCAACUUGUGAUUUAUUUAGUUUAUUUCAUUACAUAUUUUUUGUUGUUGUCCAUGAAUAGUACCUUUAGGGAAAGUUUUUCCUACUGAAGCUUCAGGGACGUGUUGAUCAGCCUCACUGUCUCAGUCAGUUCAUGCAAAGAGGUUGCAGCUGUCUCCAAAGCCAAUUCCAUCGUGUCCAGUGUGGGGCGUCCCAUACAGGGUUUUUUGGGGUAAUAGCAAGAGGAGAGGGGAGCUCCAGUGCUGGCUGUGCAGCCUCACGUUUAUUUAGGGAUUUGGAAUGGCCUUCCUCUCCUUCACCAGCAGCCCUAAAACCAUCAUAGGUGCUUCAUUUGAGUGCUGACACUCCACUUGGCUUCAGGAUUCAACCUUCCACUGUAGUAUUAGAUCCAAGUGUGUUCCCUUUCCCUGUGACUCUCUGUAGCCCUUGUGCUACGCUAAAGAGAAGGUAGAAUUGAAGCUCCUGCAGUUCUUUAAAAUGGAUCUGGGUAGAAUUGAGUUGGACACCCAUCUUCCACUUAGAGAUCUUGGACUGAAAGGAAGCAGGAAGUCAGCUGCCUCCUUUCGUUCAACCAAACUCAGCCCCUGCUGCUCUCUUCUGCUGAUAUUUGCUGGCAAUGUGCAUGCCUGGAUAAUCUCUCUCUCUCUCUCUCUCUCUCUCUCUCUCUCUCUGUGUGUGUGUGUGUGUGUGUGUGUUUGUGUAAUCAGAGGUACUUUUGGAGGGGAAAGACAGGAUUUCUUAUGUAACUUGGAGAAAUUCUCUCCAUCUGUAGGAUUGCAUGCAUCAGCUGUAGUAUUGAAAGUGCUUAUCAAACUGCAUAUACUCGUAGAGCUAUCUGUGGUAUAGGAGUUUUAAAACCCUUAACAUUCAGAGAACUCUUUCCACAUCAGCAAGACAGUAGACGAUCCUCUGACCAUAUGUUGAUUACGUUGAAAUCCUGCUCUUCCUCCAAGGACCUUAGGUUCUUUUCUCCCCACCCCCCAAUUUUCAUUAUAACCUUUUGAAGUAGGUAAAGCUGAGAGAGAGCAUCUGGCCCAAGGUGCUUGCUGCCGUGCUAAGCAGCAGACUGUGAAUCCUAGGUCUUCCCUGUCACAGCCUCUGUACACUGUCACAGGAUCUUACAGCAUGUUCCAGGCCACACAUUCCAUUCAUACUGGUCCUGGGAGCCUCACUGUCACUUCAUAUGAACUGAGAGACCUUGAGAACAAAUCCAACAUUCCCUGAUGCUGCCCAGUAUGGAGUGAGGGGCAGUCAGUAUUAAAAGGAGCAAGCUGUACGUCAAGGAGGCGUGUUCCACCAUUACUAUCACUCUCAUUGGAGAACCGUGAUAAACUCCCAAGGAAAUCCAUUGUUCCCUAGAACAGUUUGAAAACUGCUGGUAUAAUAAAACGUUUUAAUUGACUUGAUUUCUUUCCAAUCAAGCUUUUGUUUCUAUAGGCACUGUGCAAGGAGAUGAAUUCUGAUAGUGUGUAAUGCCUGCUUUGUUUUUGUUUUGUUUUCUCAAAGCAAAUUGAUCCUUCACUUUAUCCUAAUCUGUUCCAAAAAUCCUUGGAUCCAGAUGUAUUUAGCCAAAUUUUGAAAAUUCUACAGGAUUUUUAUACUGGGUAAGUUUUUCAGUUCAUGGAUUUUUAGAUGGUAAAUUGAACAGCUGGACUCAUUUCCUGGCUGAAAAGCAAUUUUCCUGUUUUCCAGAGCAUAUUUCUGGCUGCUUGUUGUUCUGCCCGAUACUAGCAAUAUGCCAGUACUUGGAAUUAGUGUCGCUUGAAUAAUCUGUAAGAGAAAUGAUAUUUUACAAAGCAGUUUUGGGGAAAGUAAGAAAAAAAAUCAGCAGCAAAGUGUUGGUUAGAGCUGGAACACUUCAAUGGUUACCUUUCAGAAUAUUUGGAUGAAAAUCCAUAGUUGACUCACAAUACAAUGGGCAAUAAAUAUAUGGGCACCUUAACAAUUGUUCCUUCACUUAUUCUGACAUCAUACCAUGCCUCUGAAGAGUGGCGCAAAGUCUAACAUGAGACUGUCCGUUCUAUCCAUCCAUAUAACUUGAGUGCAGAGGAAGCAUCUCAUUGUUGACUUUGGAGGCACAGCACAAAGUCAAAAAGUCAGCACCUUCUGCCCAGGUUCCAGGUUAAUGGGAAAUGCAGUGUCUGGCUUUGCACUAUGCUCUUAAGACACUCAGAAUGUCUCUGAAGCAUAGUGUGAAGAUCAAAACAAGAUUAUACAAAUCCUCUGUAUGUGCUAGAGAUAAUAACUGUACCAAGGCUACUUAAAAUUUGUGGAACUUGGUCACCAUGCUUGCUCAGUUUUUCUUAGGCAGCUGCUUAAGGUGGGUCUUUUCAGGUGAAAUCAAUAUUCUAGAAUACCUUGACCUGCCUCAAAAUAUCCUUUUAACGGUGAUGCCAAGAACUGAGCUUUGAGUCAUAUAGAACCAAAGCAUGUCCCCUACCACUGAGAAGUAUGAACUAAGUUGUUUUGAUGUGCUUAUGAGAAAGCACAUCAUGUGUAUUACUGUUAGUAUUAUUAGUAAGACCCUGUAUUAAUGCUGCACUCACAGAAAGGGGGAGUUGAAGGAGUGCUGGCAAGAUAAGAUCAAGUUCCUCAGAAACAAGGAAAUGAGGACUAGAUGACUAUCAAUUUAAUGUAAUGUUGGUAGGAGGGAAGUACACAAAAUACAUCCAUUAUCUUGAAAACAGUCUGGAACGAUGUUCACAUGGGAAACUUUUCUUAUGCAAAAAUGAUUGCUGCUAUGCUACUUUGAACAAAAUGAAAUACCACAGUUGCACCUUAAACGAGAGCAGUUUCAAGAUAUUUUAUACAAAAUAUUCUUAUUUUGGAUGCCCAUGGGAACAUAAGUUGCUUUUCUGGAUAUGUCAAAAUUAUCAGAUUAUUGACAAUCAUAUCUGAUUUGUAGUUUGUUGUAGUGUUUGUUUAUAUAAAUUGGUUUUAAUACUUGAUUAAUUUUAUCCAUGCAUUCUGUUUUUCACUUUUUACGUGAGUUUGAUAAUGCCAUAAACAUGUCAUGAAAUUAUCCAAUCAAAAGAAGUUGUUUAUAGGUGUAUGUUAAUGUUUCCCUCUCACACAGGAAAGAAGAACCUUCACUCAUCUUAGAAAUUCUGCAGAAGCUGUCCGAAUCAAAAAGAUUUGAUAUGGCAGUAAUGUUUAUGUCUGAUUCAGAGAAAAAAGGUAAAUAAAAUGCAACCAUGGGUCACUAAUAGAAUCUAGUAGUUGGUAGGUUUAGAGAUAGGCAUGCUAAUUGCACAGUUUGGUUGCUGCAACAAAAUCCCGAAAGUGUUGUUUUGCUUUUUUUAAAAAAGAGAUUCUGUCCAGCAUCAUUGUUUGAGAAAAUAAUUUUCAUCACCUGCUCCCCCCACCCCAGCAAAACCUAAAACCAAAAUUAGGUAGCUUGGGCUUCUGGUGCUGCUGUUGGGUUAGUAUAAAAUGGAAAUGUAAAGUGUCUGGAUUUCUCUCUCUGAGGAAUCUUAAAGCUCCUGCUAAUAUUUUACAACCCGAUAUAAAUAAAAUAUUGCAAAUUGGGUCCCAAAGUACAAUGUUGCAGUUCUUUCUUUUGGAGCUUAAAAAACAAUUGUUGCAUCAGAGGCAGGAGUUCUUGCUCCAACCUGUUUCUUACUUCAUGUGCAACAUUUAUUUUCUCUUAAGUUUAGAACAUUUUAGAAGUGCAACCAGUCUUUAUGCAAGUCUGUGGAAUACAAGUGCUGAAUUGGUCUCAGAGGUGGUCAGAGUGAGACAAUUGGAAGUAGUUUUGGCUUUUUCUGCAAUCUAAAAGAUAUGAGGGGGCAGUAUUAGGUAUUAGAAAUCCAAAUCAGUCACCUCUCACCUGCAGUAUUAACAGUGAAUUCUGCUGCAGGGCCCCCAUAGCAGUAAACUACAUGAUUGUUAUAGUCUACUCUCUCAGGCCACUUGGCAACAUGGCGAAUAAAAGCAGUAGUUUACCGUCAUACCUUCAAAAAAUAAAUUGCAGCUUCUGAUUGGCUGGAAGCUCCUGCAGCCAAUCAGAAGCCGUGGAAGCCCUGUCAGACAUUUGGGUUCCAAAAGAACGUUCCCAAACCAGAACAAUCACUUCGGGUUUGCAGCAUUCGGAAGCCAAAACGUCCGAGUUCCAGGGCAUUUGUGAUCCAAGGUACAACUGUAUACUGUAGCAUUGUUUGUUUGCUACUCUUAGCUUUCGCCCAGCUUGCAGUAAUACCUGUGGACAACACUGUAAACUACUCAGAGAAAUGGAUUAAAAAGUAACAAAGCAGCACAGAACCUGAUUUUCUCCUCUCUGCACCUCUGCCUUUGUUAGCCUGCCCUGCUGCUGAUAAAGAACAUUUUGAAGCCUCCCAGACUGUGAAAGCCCUGCGCUUCUCUUCACCAGCCACUUGCCAGGCAGUCUCAUGCAGAGAAUAUAUAUAUGAGCUGAUUAAAAGGCUUAAGAAAUGCACUAAUCUCUCUUUUCUUAUAGCUGCACAUUCGUUAUUUGGUCAUUUGGAGCAGUCAGGAUUGAAAGAGUCUUCCGUUAAACUGCUCAAGACAAGAUAUGGUAUUUAAGGCAAAUACCUUUUUGUGUCUGCAUAGAAGCACAGCUGAUUCUGCACCAUUUUGGGAAGACACUUGCCUUCGGAUGAUCAGUGAGACUCCCAUCUAGGAGGAUUCAAAGUACCUUCCACUUGCGCAUGAGGAUUGUUUGGUCCCCCCAUGCCACAUCACAUGUUUCUUUGGAAAGUCUCUGCACUUUCAAUGGUAGUUUCCUGGAUAGGGAAGAGAGGGGAAAGGCUGGUUUUACAUUUACUGCUCCAUGCACUGCGCUUUGGAGCCAAGCCUGUGAAAAAGAAGCAUUUGUGUGGAAAAGGUAAAUGUGUGUCUUCCAGUCUAGCAGGGUACCUCAUAAGAUUUAGCACGACAGAAUCUAUUUUAAACUGGGCUUUUUUCCCCUCUUUGAUCAUAUUGUAGAAUCAAAGCUGACAAUGAGUUGUUAAAAUAUUUUAUAAAUUUUGCGUUGUACGUAUUAAUUUGCUGUUUUAAAAUAAUUCUGUAUUUCUGUUCUUAUCAAUAAACAGAUGUUUAAUUCCAGGAUUCUGAAACUGUUGUAUAUGAUUACUAAUUUCAAUGUUGAUACCUCUUGUCAGAUUUUUCAGGUACAGAUGAGUGAAAAUCUGAUUAUUUUCAACCAAUUGCCACCUUGCCUCAAUUUAUCCCUAUUUCAGUUACUAACAAAGAACAUUUUUCUCCUAAGGAUUCAUCAAUCAUCGUUUUGGCUUUGUCGGUAUCUUCUUUCUGAGACUAUAUGUAUAUCACAUGAGUUAAUCACCCUUUACCUCUUCAAACGCCCACCCUUACUAAGAGUUUAAAACUGGUUAUUUUGCAUUUCACUGGUGUAAACUACUGGAAUCAAAUGAAGGAUGUAUAUUUCUGUAUAUUCUUCAAUAACGUUAGGUGUAUUCGUGAUGCUAGAUAGUUGUCAAUUAAACAUUUUGACAAAAGCAUUAUAUAAACACACUAUUUUUUUUCAUG